GAAAUUUAUAAAAUCUUGAAGUUGAGAUAUGAUACUAUGAAGAAUGAAAAGGCCAAGAGACUAUUCCUGUUGUGCUCUGUAUUUCAAGAAGAUGAAAAUAUUCCUAUAGAAAUGGUAACUAGACUUGGCAUAGGAGCAGGCCUUUUUGGGGAAGAUUAUGGAAGCUACGAAGAUGGUCGAAUUCAAGCAGUUUACACAAAAGAAAAACUCCUAGAUUCAUGUUUAUUGUUGGAGGCCAAUCAUAACAAAGUGAAAAUGCCAUACUUUGGUCGUGAUGCAGCCCAACGGAUAGCGGACAAUAAGAUUCAAACAGUAAAAUUGGAUGGUAAAAAUCAAAAGAAAAUUGAUGAAAAGGAGAAGAACAUUAAAUAUUUGUUUUGCGAAGGAAAGAUAAUGGAUGUAUUUUCAUAUAAUUUUGAUGGUUCUAAGCUUGAGAUUCUAAUUGUCACCGUGUAUAAGGAUGAAGACUGCCGCGAUGUGAAAAAUGAAGUCCCGAAUUCAUUUUUUGAAAAUAAUAAUGACCUUCGGGUUUUUCAUUUGUUAUAUGACCAUUAUCGUAGGUUAUCUCUAUCAUUACCUCGAUCAAUUGAGUCGUUGAAGAAUAUCCGAUCUCUUCUCUUUACACUUGUUGAUUUGGGUAAUAUCUCUACGUUGGCAAAUUUGCAAAGUCUUGAGACUCUUGAUUUGAAAGACUGUAAAAUUGACGAAUUGCCGCAUGGAAUUGCAGAACUAGAGAAAUUUAGAUUGUUGAACUUGGAAUGUUGUAUAAUUGAAAGGAAUGAUCCAUUUGAAGUGAUUGAAAGAUGCUCAUUGCUUGAAGAGUUGUAUUUCACUGGUAGUUUUAAUGCUUCUUGCCGAGAAAUAACUUUCCCUAAAUUGCAAAGGUUUUGUAUCGAUGAACAUCGGAGAUCAGUGAAUGAUUCAUCAUCAAAGUAUGUCUCUGUUCUAGAAAAGGAUGAAGUUUUCUUAUCUGAAACAACACUAAGGUAUUGUCUGCAAGAAGCAGAGGUUCUUAGACUAAGAAGCUUCGAGAGGGAAUGGAGAAAUCUCAUACCCGAGAUUGUUUCUAUGGAUCAAGGUAUGAAUUAUACAGUUGAACUUAGUUUGAGUUGCAUCUCACAGCUUCAGCACCUAAUUGACACUAAUGGUAUUGGGUUUCAAGUACCAAAUGUCUUCUUUUCCAACUUGGUUGUGCUAAAACUGGAUGGAAUGGAAAAUUUGGAAGAACUGUUUAAUGGUCCCGUUUCCUCUGAAUCUUUGAUGUAUUUAGAGAAGGUAUCAAUCAAGGAUUGUAAACAUUUGAAAAGCUUGUUUAAAUGCCAGAGAAACCUCUACAACCUAAAGAUCAUCAAACUGCAGAAUUGUCCGAUGUUAGUUUCUGUAUUUCAACCGUUGACUUCUCAAAGCUUGGUGUCGCUAGAGAAAUUGAAAAUAGCUAAUUGUGAGGGACUGGAAAACAUAGUAACAUAUGAAAAAAGGGAGAAGGAAUCAAGAGUAGAAAUAGAUGUUGAUAAUGAUAAAAAGAGUGGGGGAUCAAUUUUUUCAAAGCUAAAAGUUAUUGCUAUUGAAGAGUGUCCCCGAUUAGAAUAUAUAUUCCCCUUUCUCUCUGCUCAAAGACAUCCGGUACUAGAGACAAUCAGAAUAAGAAGAUGUGAUAAGCUCAAAUACAUAAUAGGCCAAGAUCAGUACAAUAUUUCGUAUCGUCUUCUCAUAUGGGAAUAUGUUCCAUGUCUUCCAAUACAAUCAUAUAGCUUGUGCAAUGUUAAAGAGAUUAAUCUGUCUCAUUUUUUGGCGAUAAAGUCGGUGUUUAUUCUAUCUAUUACACCAAGAAUGUUGUUGGAAACUUUGACAAUUAAGAACUGUGAUGAGUUGAAGAACAUAAUAAUAGACAUCAAUCAUGACAGUGGUGGCCAUAGUUGGGGUAAGGUCUUCCCAAAAUUGAAAAGGAUCUAUGUUGAAGAUUGCAUCAAAUUCGAGUACAUAAUCGGAUACUAUGAUGGGGAAAAUCAAAGCCACAAUGAGAUUCACCUACAUCUUCCAGCAUUGAAAUAUAUCAGUCUUUGCAAUCUUCCUGGUCUAGUUGCCAUGUGUACCAAACAAUAUCGCACAACAUUUCCACCUUUGGUAGAACUUGAACACAAUAGAUGCUCACAUGCUGCUAUCAAAUCUUUUCAUGGUUUCAUAAUUCAUCCGAGUUUAGAAUCAAUGGACACUAUCAAAAAGGAAGAUGGUGAUGACCAAAUAACUAAGUCUUCUUUUUCCAUUGCCACUGUAGAGACCAAUGAUCAAGGGGAACCUUCUCAAUCUCAAAUAGAUGAAUAUUUUAGUUCGUCUUUGGCUGUCACAAAGGAACUCGAGAAUCUAGUCUCCAAGAAUCAUUUGGCUAUCGAGAACUUGUCUUUGUUGACUGAUUUCCUUGUUAAGCAUCCUUCUGUUCAUUUAAAGGACCCUUCAUUGAGUAACAGAUACAAGGGUUAUGCCUACAACUGCCUAGCUGAGCUAUUGAAAUUCCUCCAACCACAUAAUGUGUUGGAUGUGGUAGGUUCAAGCCACUCUGAAUUUGUUGAGUUAUUACAAGAUGUGCGUAGAUUUCCUUUUGAUAAGGAAUGGUUGGAUGGUGUUGAAAAAGUUGUGGGACUCAAAACACAUAUUGACUGAACGUGUACAAAGCAUCAGGUUGGCUACCUCUAAAGCUGUUCUGUAGAGUAUCAUUCAACAACAGGCACAUAUUUCAGAAACCCGCGCUGCUUUAAGUGACCCUAUUGGCUAUUAAACAUUUUUUCUUUCUUCCGUUCCUUUACUGCUAAAAUUACUGUUGGACCUUUUAUCCUUGAAUGUUAUUUAUUGCUUGGA